AUGAUGACACCAACAACUACAGUUCCGGCGAUUCGAGUCGCCAAUUCCACAAUCAGACAAACGACCCGCCUGCUUUUUGCGCGGACUUAUGCGACCCAGACUGGGCUUGGAGCUGCCGCAACGCCAAAGCCCAAACGAAGGAGCGUCACGCCGUUUAACGAUACCGGAUUUGUUCCAUGGAGUGAAUUAUCUGCCGCUGAGAAGGCGGCGAGGGCAACUCAGCAAUCGUACAACUUUGGCAUGAUUAUAGUCGGCCUGGUCGCUACUUGUGGCGUGGCGUAUUUCCUUUGGUCAGAUGUUUUCUCUCCCGAGAGUAAGACAAGACAGUUCAACAGAGCUGUCGAUAAGAUCAAGAAGGAUCACAGGUGCCUUGAGCUCCUAGGCGAUGCGAACAAAAUUUCGGCCCACGGAGACGAGACGUUCAACAAAUGGAGGAGAGCACGGCCCAUCACAUCCACCGAGAGGACGGACGGUCAGGGCAAUCAGCAUCUCAUGAUGCAAUUCUACGUCGAGGGUCCCAAAGGGAACGGAGUAGUGCAAUGCCACAUGGUGAUACCUCGUGGUGAGAGCGAAUACGAUUACAAAUACCUAUUCGUGGACGUCAAGGGCCACGAAAGGAUCUAUCUGGAAAAUGCAGAUACUGCCAACGCGCGGGCAGGGAAGAAGCCGGUAAGCUUCUUCGGAGUCAAAUGGGGUUAA